CUGUGCCGUCUGGAGACGAGAGGAGAGGCCGGGGCUGAGGGGCCCGGCAGAGAGAGCCACGCUGCGGGCGCGCUGUGCGCGAAGGGCCCUCCUCGACCGUGGGCCCGGGUGCGGUGCGGAACCGGUGCGGUGCCUGGAACAUAACCGAACAACUUCGCGGACAGCGCUGCUCGCUCAUCAUGGAUGUUCCAGGUCCGCUGGCGCCUUUCUUCUGAGGACGACCCUGGCCUUGACCAUCAGAGCAGGGAACCGAGGCCAAAGGAGGCUUCCCCAGGCCCCGCGCAGUCCUGCGCGCCCUCCCGGGCUCCUCCAGCCCUUGUCCAACGUCGCCCUCGCGCGCCGCACUUCCCAGCUCGGAUGCCGGCGCCCGGCCGGGGCCCCCGCGGGCCGCCGCUGACCAUGCCCGGGCGCCGGGGGGCGCUGCGCGAGCCGGCUGGCUGCGGCUCCUGCCUGGGGGCGGCGCUGGCCCUGCUGCUGCUGCUGCUGCCUGCCGGCUGCCCCGUGCGGGCGCAGAACGACACGGAGCCCAUUGUGCUGGAGGGCAAGUGCCUGGUGGUGUGCGAUUCGAGUCCGUCGGCGGACGGCGCGGUCACCUCCUCCCUGGGCAUCUCCGUGCGCUCCGGCAGCGCCAAGGUGGCCUUCUCCGCCACGCGGAGCACCAACCACGAGCCGUCCGAGAUGAGCAACCGCACCAUGACCAUCUACUUCGACCAGGUAUUAGUAAAUAUUGGCAACCAUUUCGAUCUUGCCUCCAGUAUAUUUGUAGCACCGAGAAAAGGGAUUUAUAGCUUCAGCUUCCACGUGGUCAAAGUGUACAACAGACAGACCAUCCAGGUCAGUCUAAUGCAGAACGGCUACCCAGUGAUCUCAGCCUUUGCAGGAGACCAGGAUGUGACCAGAGAAGCUGCCAGCAACGGUGUCCUACUGCUGAUGGAAAGGGAAGACAAAGUGCAUCUCAAACUGGAGAGGGGGAACCUCAUGGGAGGCUGGAAGUACUCCACGUUCUCGGGCUUCUUGGUUUUUCCUCUAUAAACACAGAGUCCCCAGUCCAUGGGGAAGUUGCGAUCUGGACACCGGACUCCGCCCUUCCUCAACACCCUGAACUUGCCAGAAUAGGACCACUAAUUUCCCACCUCCAUCAGACGGUUGAAGUAGAAGAAUGAUUUCCUUCCAAAUCUCCAGUAUUUUCUUUGACUAUAGACCAUUCCUUGGGAACCUGGCUUCUAAUUAGUUUUAGACGACAAGGUCUGAAGGAGAAAUGAAAUGAUCGAUUUGAGCGAUUUGUACCUGUGAUUGUAAAGUCAAUAUUGGAUCUUAUUGUGGGGACCGUUGGCUUUUCUUCUUUUGUUUGUUUCUUGUAUUGUUGCCCCAACGCGAGGAGUGCCGCUGACCCCAGGAUGGAUGGCAGGUCGCAGGCAGCGCUCAGAGAGGAGCCCUGCAAAUCACCACCCGCUGGAGAGUCCUUGAAAUGUGUUCUUUGUGUGUCUGUUCAGCCUUAAGAAAAAGAAUGGCUUCACUUUCAUUUUGUAUUUUCCCCUGGGUGGACGGGAGGCCUCGGGAGGGGGAAGGGGACGUUGUGAAUCUGUCAAGAAGUGCUUUAUCCGGAGAAGCAAAUUUUGCACGAUUGGACUGCGACUUUUGCUUUGUGUUUUGUGUGUGUGUAUGUGUGUGUAUGUGUGUGUGUGUGUGUGUGUGUGUUUGUUUUUUGUGUCUUUUUUUUUCCUGGAAAAGUUUUACUUUUUUUUUUUUUUUUGUGCUGGGAUGGGGGAGAGAAAUGUAUGUUGAAUUCUUGAACAAGACCAAACAAAACAACACAAAGCAUACCUAUGUAUUUUGUUUUGGUUGAGACCAAACCGAGCAGAAGGUACGUGUAUAUCAAAGUACAAAUAACAGAUGGACGAUUCUGUUUCUUCUUUCCAAGAGAUUCUCUCAGAUGCACCUUUAGAACUAACAAGUUGGGAUUUUCUUGUUUCUUCUUUCUUUUUCCUUUUUUUUUUUUUUUUUUUUUUUUUUAACGCUCUGGAAUACUUUAAACACUUGAUGCUCCUGGGUGGCCUGAAUCAUGUCAGAUGAGGACAGAAGCUGGAAUGACCAAGUCUCCCGAACACACGCUUCCAUGGCCCAGCGCGCCUGGGUCUUCCCAGCAGCCCGUCCUCAUCUGUCUGCAUCUGCGUCUGCGCCGGCGCCCCAGCCUCAGGUGCUCCAAAGCCAACAGGAUGAGUCAGUCUCCCUCAGGAUCCUUCUCUGAUCCGCCAAGGAAAGAGGCGUGUUCACACUCCCUGCGAACACCUGGCGAGAAGCCACCUACAAGUCACAGCGCUUACAGGUAUUGGCAGAGGCACCCUGGGAGCAGUGGUGCAAAUCCUUCUUGUCUUGGCCCCUUGUACAACAGUAGGAUCACGAUGCAGCUGGGAGCCGAUGGGUGCAGGAGUCCUAUGCCAAGGAAACGUUACUAAAUCCCAAAGCAAUCGAAGAAGAGACCUCACAGCGGAUGUUAAUUUGUCCUUUGUGUCACAAUGUAACCAAAAUAUUGAUGAUAAAAAGUCAUAAUUUAAGAUUGAGAAUAAAUGGGUUUGAUGUCUGGCUUGUUCUUCUCCCUUCACAUCGUCCUCCAACUCCUACAAGGUGUGGAAGUAGAAGGCCAAGGACCAAGGACUCGGGGAAAGGAGAUCCACACCGUGCCUCUUGAAAACAUACACUCAGAUGCACACUCCUGUUUGCAGACCUAGGGAUGGGUCUAGGUGGAAAUUGCACACUUAAAUACACUUCAAUUUAUAUAUGUAUAUAUAUAUAUAUAUAUAUAUAUAUGUAUUUUUCACACGAAAAGAUUUUGGGGGUAGAUAUGUGAAAAAGACAGCAUUAAAAAUGCUUUAUGGAUAGGCAAUCUGCUUUCAUCACAUACAGUCAUUGAUGUGGUACAAGUUCCAACCCAAUAUUUCAAUCAGAGAACAUGGAUAUAAAAGAAACUGACAUUUCAAUAUAGCAUCAAUUUUUUCUAAGACGCGUGAGCAUGGGGCAGCAUUGGUUUCCGUUUUCACAUAAGAAACUCAGUAAGGAUCAUAGAAGUGAAAAAAAAAAAUCCAGUUUGAUGAAAAGUCUAAGUGUUACUGGCAUUAGGUGGACACCGUAAUAAGAUACAGAAUUUAAUUUGACUUAAAAUGAUGUUAUAUUUUGUUAAGAAAAGAAAAACCAAGAAACAUCAAUCAAAAUGAAUUUGGGUAUUUUGCCUCUGUGAUUAGGAGACACACUUCUAAGUAUGAGCAUUGUUCGUUAACUCUGAUAAUGCAAAGAGUAGAUGCUAGCAAAUGUUUUUCUUCUGUGUUUUACUGCCCUUAGUGAAUUAGUCCUCUGUCCCUCAUCUUUUAAACCUUCCGUUCAAUUUCAAACAAGCAGAAAGCUUCAUUAGGGGACAAUAUCGCCCUUUCAGAGGUUGAAAAAUAGAUGCAUACGCGUUAUUUUUCUCGCUUACUACUAUGUAAUGCACAUAUUUGCUUGUAUUUACAGCUUUACUACGUACAGGUUGUUAUUUGGUUAUGCUGUCUAAUAAAUAAGUUAUUAAAUUGAUCAGUCUAAAAAUAAGCAUAUUUCAGGAGUUUAUUUUGUAUGAGGGAAAAAGCUACACCCUGUUUAUUCC